CGCUCUGUAUCUAGGAGGAGGUAAACACUGCUGGAGGUCUCAGCUGGAACAUUCAACACGUCGUGUUGCCACCUCGAUAAAGUCGGCAUGUGUUUUUUCGCCGAAAAUGGCUACGCGAAGACAGCGGGGGAUACCGUUGAGCUCACUCAAUCCUAAAUUUCUUCACACCAAUUCCACCAGUCAUACCUGGCCCUUCAGCGCCAUCGCUGAGCUAAUCGAUAAUGCUUAUGACCCUGACGUCCGGGCCAAGCAGUUCUGGGUGGACUGGACGCGUAUCAAAGGUCUGGACUGCCUGUCGUUCAUGGAUAAUGGUGAAGGCAUGACCAGAGCCAGACUGUAUAAAAUGCUUAGCUUUGGUUACAGUGACAAGAAAGCUGUGAAAGACCACGUUCCAGUCGGCAUCUACGGCAACGGCUUUAAGUCAGGGUCCAUGCGUCUGGGGAAGGACGCGAUCGUCUUCACUAAGACGAGGGACUCCAUGAGUAUCGGCCUGCUGUCUCAGUCGUACCUGCAGGCCGUUAAAGCCCAGCAGAUCAUGGUGCCUAUUCUCACCUUCAGACGGGAUGGACAAAACCUAGCAGAGGACGCGGCGAGCCUGGAGGCGAUCCUCACGCACUCUCUGUUCAGCACAGAGAAGGAGCUGUUCUCAGAGCUGCGUGCCAUCGGUGCUGCCGGGCCCACCGGCACACGCAUCAUCGUUUGGAAGCUGCGCACAACCUUGAGCGGUGAGACGGAAUUUGACUUCGCUGCCGACAAAUACGACAUCCAUAUCCGGGCGAGCGGCAGCGAGAGAAGUAGAGAACGCCGGGCCAUGUCCCCGGAGAGCGACUGGUCGCUGAGAGCGUACUGCAGUAUCCUGUACCUGAAGCCACGUAUGCAGAUUAAUAUUCGAGGAGAGCGAGUGAAAACCCAGCUCAUCUCCAAGAGCCUGGCACACAUUGCCAAUGACAGCUACAGGCCCGCCUUUCUAACCAAACGUAUUCGCAUCACCUUUGGAUUCAACACUAAAAGCAAGGAGCAUUAUGGUAUCAUGAUGUACCACAAAAACAGGCUUAUCAAGGCUUACGAGAGAGUGAGCUGCCAACGCAAGGCAGAGAGAAAGGGCAUCGGAGUUAUAGGUGUGAUUGAAUGUAACUUCCUUCAACCAACCCAUAACAAACAGGACUUCGAUGACACGGAGCAAUACAGGAAAACCAUGCACAACCUCAGCACCAAGCUGGAGGACUACUGGAACGAGAUCCGCUACAGGCGCAAGAAAGACGAUCCGAGAUGCACCAUACCGAUCGAGGACACAGCGAAGGCUCCAGAUCAGGUCUGGGUCCAGUGCGACAGCUGCCUGAAGUGGAGGAGGCUUCCAGAUGGCUUCGACUGUAGCCGCCUGCCUGAGAAAUGGUUCUGCAACAUGAACCACGACCCACAAUUCAGGAGCUGCAUGGCGGAGGAGGAGCUGGAAGACCAAGAGGAGGAGCAGAAGUCAUACCCCAAGCCCUUCAAACGCCGGAAGAGAAACAGUAAAACUCUACAGGAAGAGAGCACACCAGAGGGAUUAGACGCUCCAAACCUGGUAGCUCCUCUGCCAGCCAGACAGCCUAGGAACAAUGUAUCCUGGCAGCUGUCUCCGUCUGGCAUGCCCACCAAUAGUGGGUCCGGCCUUCGCAUUCUCUCACCUACCGCUACUAACGCCCUCUCAGACUUGAGCCCAUCUCUAGCUCAGAGAUCACCGCUGCCUCUAAUUAACCUCACUGCCUUCUCCGACUCACUGAAAAGGAUGAAACUGAAACGUUUCAACACUGAAGCCACACCCACAUCAGCGGGUGUCACACCUCGUUCGCCUUUCCAUCCCUCUGCCCAGCCACAAGGGGGCAACAGCUUUAUUCACGCGGAGGAAAAGCUCGCGGCAUACAGAGACGAGACCAAGUGGGGAGAGGCGUCGAAGGUCAGAGAGAACUCAGACAAGCCAGCAGGCAGAGUGGCGAGUCAAUUGAUGGUGAGAUCGGAACCCUAUCAGGAGCCUGUCCCGGAGGAGGACGAGGAACGGGAUGGAGACGCCUGGUCUGAAACGAUGUGCCGGUGGGCCCUGGAGGACGUGGUGGAGCCAAACUUCAAACAGGAGGACGGCGACCGGGCACACGAGGAGGAGCUGGAGGAGAGGCAGGAGGAGACGUGGACUCCACAUCAGCAGCAGGAGGAGCUCUUGGAGAGGAUCCGGGAGGCGCUGGAAGAGAGGGACGCCUGCAGAGAGGAUGUGGAGGCACUGCGGGGCAAAUGCACCGCCCUGGAGGACGAGAGGCGCAAGCUCCUGAGCACGCUAGAGAAGGUGGAGCAGGAGAAAUCCAGCCUGUCUUCACUCUGCAACCACCUGAAGCAGGACCUGGAGAAGCUGAGCGGGCAGAUUGACAGGGGGGCGGGGCCAGAGCGGGAAGAGGCAGAGCGCAAGCUGAGCAAGCUCCGCCUCAGCCUGGCCCGCUUGCUGGUCUGCUUCGUGCCUGCCCUCAACCUGGAGCACGUGGACGUCAGCAGUGAGGUCAUCGACGAGCUGCUUGACCAGGUCUUGGAGGAAGUCACCUGAGGUCGUCUGAACGCCACGUGACGUCAGAUUCGAUCUGCUCUUUCAUCACUGGUCAAAUGGCCACGAUGUGUUUAGAGGAGAUGCCAGUGUGAGGUCGUCGCUACGUAAAGGGCAUUUAGCAUGGGAACUGGAGACAAUAAUGGCAGUAACAGGCCAUACAUGUUUCUGAGGCAGUUUUUAUUGCAAGCUGUUGCCACAGACAUCUGAGUCAUUUGACAGUUUUCGUCUGUGGAUGAAAGAAUUGAAUGUAAUAAUUUUAAAUGGAAAAAAAGGUUUUUAUUAUUGCUGUUAUGACUUUAUUGUAUGGGUAUAAAAUUAAUUCGGGCUGUUAAGUAAUACUCAUAUUGCUUUUUGUUUGUCAGCACAGUUAAAGACAAUAUAUUUUGAUUAUAAGUGUUAGACAUUGUAUUUUGAUUAUAUUGUUUACAUUAUUAGCCAAGUCUGUUUAUAUGAUAUCUGUGUGGCAUAAUUAAAACAAGACAAACUGUUUACAGGUAAUUGUGGGAUCUGUCCUGUGUAUUGGACUGCUGGUGUUUUGUGGUAUUUAUCCAGUUUCAUCUUAAAACUCCAGUUUUCUGUGUUCUUCCUUCCCCACACCUCCCCUUUUCGUUCUCCUCACGGCAAUUUGUUCUCUUCAUGACCUUUAGAAGACGAGAAUCUAUUGUAUUGUCUUCCUUCUUACAGGUCCUGCCGAUUUUCUGUCAAAAUAAAAUAAUCACCUCAACAGGUUA